AAUCUGUUAUUCAGCCUCGUCAUUUGACUUUUUCGCCUACAGGAUGUGAGGUAACAUUACCAAAAUAACAUAGAUCUAUCCAGUUUUCAAUGAUCUGUCCAAUGAUGGUGAAAUGUGUUAUCCAAAGUUUAGCCAUUUUUGGAAAACACGAUUUUUUCAACCAAGAUUUUUUGGAAAACCUUCGAAAUCUUUUUAAAUAUGCAGUUUGAUAGAGCAUCAAAUUCUGAGUCAAAUGCUAUAUUAUUCAAAUUUUUUUGAUCGAUUUUGAAAGACCUAAAGCAUUUGAGAUUUGACUGGAGGAAUAGUUUAGGUGAAAAACUGCAUUUUUAGAAGCUGGAUUUCUCAGUACACAAAUGUCCCAUAAAUUUGGUAUUUGAUAAAGCAUUGAAAACUGGAUAGAUCUAUGUUAUUUUGGUAAUGUUACCUCACAUCCUGUAGGCGAAAAAGUCAAAUGACGAGGCUGAAUAACAGAUUUUUCACGAAUUUUCGACCUCAAGUGGCUUUUUUGACCUAAAAACACUAGUUUGAAGCGGAUUUCUGUUCCGCAUCGGAAAGUUGAGACAUUUUUUAGCACAUCUAGAUGGUUUUGGAGGUUUCGAAACCAAAUCCAAGGGAAAAAAACCUGCUUUUAAUCAAGAGGUCACCAACGCCAUCUGUCUGUGAAAUCGACUUUUUUCGGUCAAAGCUUUUUUUCAGUUUCGACCUGAUAUUCGCGAUCAGCGUAAAUUCUGCAUCGAAUAAAGUAUCUUUAGGAAAAUUCCGAGUAAAAAUGUUUUCGAUGUUCCAGAGGUGGGAUACGGCUAGAAAUUUCCCGAAAAGUUAAAAAUAGCUUUUCCAAUGUGUCAUAUAUCUCAUUCGACGUAGAAUUUCACGCUGAUUUCGAAUAUAUGACUCUUGUUCAAAACAAGAAAAAAUGUUCACCCUUAUAAGCUUCCGUCCUUUGAGAUAAAUUUUAGUUUCGACUUAUGCUCUCGUACCCUUGUUUCACAAAAAUAUUUGAGUGUGAUAUUAGCACGAAGCUUGAGGUAUACGUUGAACUUUCACCUAUUCACUCGAGUUAUAGAAAAAAUUGUGAAAAAAAAAUGUGUCUUUAGCUUAAGUUCAAGUUUUUUUAUACUAAGGGCAAACUUGUGUAUGUUUAUCUUUUAAUACUGAUUACACCUUAUUACUUAUAUACAUCAGUUUAUAAAAAGUCAUUGCACGAUGAAGAGGGCAUAAAUUAGUCAAUCUCUAUGUUGAAUUUUUUAGCUGAAACUUCCAUUAUAAUUGGUGGCAAUAUAAUCAGGAAACCCCCUCCAAAAUGUUUACAGAGAGUCUUUGAGAACUUUUUCCUGAAUAUGGUGCAGCUAGUUUUAAUAAAAGUUUCAGCUAAAAACGCGAACAUCGAUUGAGUCACUGUUGCUUAGAAUAUAUGAUGCCUUUGUUCCAUGGAUCCUCUGCACUAAAUUUAAUUGAAGCAAGAAAAUAUUCUUUUGAAUAAUGAUUGUGCACGUCUUUCUCAUAUGUACAGAGAAGAUGAUCUAUCAAGCAUCCCUCUCUAUGCUUUUACUAUAUUAAUUGCUCUAAAACUAGUAAUGCUUUAAUGAUUCUUUAACUUUUGUUCUUUGUCUUUAGCGUGAUGCACGUGGUAGUAUAACUUUUAAAAUUGUUCCAAGUUAUCGUAGUCAACCACCACCAUGUGAUAUUUAUGUUAAAGUACUGUUUAAUUAUGAUCCGAAAGAUGAUGAUAUUAUUCCAUGUACUCAAGCCGGUAUUAAAUUUCAAAUUGGAGAUAUUCUACAAAUUAUAUCAAAAGAUGAUCACAACUGGUGGCAAGCGAGAAAAUUACUCGAUAUAUUAGCAAAUACAAAUAAUGUAGGACCAGCCGGAUUAAUACCAUCUCCUGAACUUCAAGAGUGGAGAAUUGCUACACAUGCUAUUGAAAAAGCAAGAGAUGGAAGUGCUAAUUGUGGUGUAUUUGGUCGAAAACGUAGAGUUUAUAAAGAUAAAUAUUUGGCUAAGCAUAAUGCUGUAUUUGAUCAGCUAGAUCUUGUGACAUAUGAAGAAGUGAUCAGAUUACCAGAAUUUAGAAGAAAAACUCUUGUGCUGUUAGGUGCACACGGUGUUGGAAGACGUCAUAUUAAAAAUACAUUAAUAACUAGUCAACCAAAAAGAUUUGCUUAUCCAAUACCUCAUACAACCCGUUUACCAAAAAAAGAUGAAGAAAAUGGAAAAAAUUAUUAUUUUGUUACUCAUGAAGAAAUGAUGCGUGAUAUAGCUAAUAAUGAAUAUUUGGAGUAUGGAACACAUGAAGAUGCUAUGUACGGAACAAAAUUAGAAACAAUUAGAAAUAUACAUAAACAAGGAUUAAUGGCUAUUCUUGAUGUAGAACCACAGGCUCUCAAAGUGUUAAGAACGGCAGAGUUUGCACCAUUUGUCGUAUUUAUAGCUGCACCAGAUCUUUCACAAAUCAAAGAUAUCAAAGGGGUUAAUGAUGAUAGUCUAGAGCGUUUAGUUAAAGAAAGUGAACUAUUGCAUCAAGCGUAUGGUCAUUAUUUUGAUUUAAUUAUUUUAAACAAUGAUAUCGAAGAGACGAUUCGAACGUUGCAAGAUUCAAUCGAAACAAUUAAUCAACAACCACAAUGGGUACCUGUGUCAUGGGUCUAUUAA